AUGCGAAUUCUCUGUCUUCAUGGAAUGGGAACCAAUUCCCAGAUAUUCGAAGCCCAAACAGCCCUUCUGAGAGCCUCGGUCAUUGCCGAGCUGAAUACAGAAUGCGAAUUUGUUUUUGUCGAUGGCGAGAUUGAGACUGAGCCUCGGAACGGAGUGGAGAAGUAUUACGAUGGUCCCUUUCUCUCCUACUACGACUGGGACUCGGCAACAAGCCUCCGCAACGCCUAUCAGCUUAUCGACGAGCUCAUCGACGAACAGGGACCUUUUGAUGGCAUCAUGGGAUUUUCCCAGGGUGGAUCCCUAGCCACCUCCUUCCUGCUGUAUCACAUGGCAACGUGUCCUUCCGAGCCGGUCGAGCUGCUCUUUCGUUUCGCUAUCAUCAUCUGCAGUGGGAAUCCUUUCGACGCCCGCGGGCCUAAGACCCGGCGAUACCAUCCCAAUGAAGACAUGCGGCGUAUUCCCAUUCCCACCGCCCACAUUGUAGGCCGCAAAGACGAUGAGCACCCACGCCAGCUGUUGUUACAUCGUUUAUGCGACAAUCGCCGAGCCACAGUUUAUGACCAUGGAGGUGGCCAUGAGAUCCCACGGCAUCCUUCAGCGGUGAAGGGGAUGAGCGACGCAAUUUGCCGUGCAAUUGACCAGGCAUAUCUUUUGUGA